AUGUCAAAGAAAGGUGACGGUCAGGGAACUUCCCCAGCAAACGAUGCUCUACCACCGGGAGUGAGCUGCGACAUAUGUAAGAAUCCGGAUAACAGUCGGAUGGUAGCGUGUGAUUCGUGUGGGCAGUGGUUUCAUUUCGCGUGUGUUAGUGUGGAUUCAAAUGUUCAGGAUGAGGAGUGGAGUUGCAAGAAAUGCCUUGAGGCGGUGAUUCAACUUCCAGCCGGUGCAUCUACACCUAAUACCGACACUGGAGUGAUACCAAAGCCCGGAACCAGGCUAACAGAAUCUAAUCUGGAGGAGUACGUGCAGAAACAGUUGGCGGUGAUGCAGGUGGGCUUUGAACGUUUGUUGAAGGCGAAAGAUGAUCGGCAUCUGAAGGAGCUCAGAGAUCAACGGAAGAAAUAUGAACAGGUGUUGAAAGACACGGAGCGACGUGUGCUAGAGCGUGUGGAAAGGCAAAACUUAAUUAGCUCAAGUGGGGGUGGAUUAACGGCGAGUUCAACUGUAAAUCAACCGGCACAGAUGGUGUCCAGUGGAUCGACUGGUAAUCAAAACCCGAAAUUGUUAGGUAGCAGAUCAACAGCGAGUUCUACGAGUUAUCAUCCACAGCAGGUGGCAGGAGGAUCAACGACAGGUGCGAUCGGAAGUCAGCCGUUGCCAUGGACGUUGGGAACCGGACCGACAGCAAGUUCGACGGAAAAUCCACUGCCACAAAUUAAUGCACAAGAGGUGAGUCAGGGCAAUGAGGCUCUAGCACAUGAGUUGAUGUUGCUGGAUGAGCAGCAGGCAUUAGAGAAGAAACAUAUGGAGGAGCGAAGCCGCCUUUUACAACGGCAUGCGAUGUUCGGCGGAGGAGCAGCCGGUGGAAUCGGACUGAAUCCUCAGGCGACAGCAUUCCAACCGAUUGGUAGCGGGUUUUUCGGUGUUUCUUCGCUAAGUCAAGGUCAGAUUUCAGCGCGUCAAGCUAUCAACAAGGAGCUUCCCAUAUUUUCCGGCAACCCAGAAGAAUGGCCGCUUUUUCUAGCAAGCUACGAGAACUCGACCAGGAUUUGCGGAUAUAGCGACGAAGAAAACAUGCUUCGACUUCAACGAAGCCUCAAGGGAAAGGCAAUGGAAACGGUACGUUGUCGUCUGUUGCAUCCUGCCAACUUACCGGGGGUUAUAGCGACGCUGAGAACCCUGUUUGGGAGACCGGAAGUCAUCGUCCAUUCGCUGGUGAAUAAGAUCCGGGAAAUGCCAUCGCCGAAAGCUGAAAAACUGUGCACGCUGAUCGAUUUCGGAGUUGCAGUUCAAAACGUCUGCGCGACCAUCACAGCUUCAGGUCUCGACGAGUAUAUGUGCAACGUGGCGCUACUCCAAGAACUGACGGAGAGAUUGCCGCCUUCUAUUAGACUGAACUGGGCGUACCAUCGGCAGGGACUGAACAGAGUCACUCUUUCGGAAUUCGGAGACUGGCUUGGGAAGUUAGUUGAAGCAGCGAGCAUAGUCACGAUGCCAACCCUCAACAUCUCGAAACCAGAGAGACGUGGAAGGAAAGACGACAACUACAUCAACGUUCACUCGGAAACCAACUCUAGUUGCGAAGUUCUCUCGUUAGAUCGCCCGAUUACUGCAUCAAAGGGCUGUCUCGUAUGUUUGAACGAAUGCAGCGGUCUGGACACGUGUGGCAAGUUUCUCGCCUUGGGCGUCGGGUCCCGUUGGACAGUUGUGAAAGAGCAAAGGUUGUGCAGAAAGUGUCUACGGAGGCAUUACGGUGCCUGCCACGUGAAAACACCCUGUGGAAGAAACGGUUGCUCGUUCAUGCACAACACAUUGUUGCACGACGACAAGCGAUAUAACAAACGUUUGACUCCCGAACCAGCGCAGCAGUCUAACGAGAGUUCAACAACACAGAGCUGCAACACACAUUCGAAGAGGGCGGGAAAGGUUUUAUUUCGGUACGUGCCUGUAACGAUCUACGGUAAGGGAAAGCAAGUGACAACCUAUGCUUUCCUCGACGAUGGGUCGUCGGCGACUUUGAUGGAGCACGGCCUACUGAGAGAAUUAGAUCUUAAAGGAACGCCCUAUCCAUUGUGCUUGAAUUGGACGGGUGGCCACCAGCGGGAAGAAGAUGAGUCAGUCUUACUGACGUUGAAGAUCUCCGGUGUAAAUGACACUCGUGAAGUGUUCGACCUUCCAGAGGUUUAUACGGUUAGGGAUCUUUCUCUUCCGAAACAGUCGGUCUCAGUCUCGCAGUUGGCAACUAAGUACAGCUAUCUCAAAGGUUUGCCAUUGAAAUCCUACGAUGAUGUCUCUCCACGGAUCCUUAUAGGGAUGAACAAUUGCCGCCUGGGUCACGCCCUGAGAAGUGUCGAAGGUGGUGAGAACGAACCGGUGGUGUCCAAAACCCGCCUUGGAUGGAUGAUAUACGGACCUUGCACCAUGGAAUCUGGUACGACGAACUCCGGCUAUAGCAGUUAUCACAGUUUCCACAUCUGUCCCUGUGUUAGGGAAGAAGAAAGGGAUCUGAAUGCGGCACUUAAGGAAUACUACUCAAUUGAGUCGUUGGGAAUCUCUGGUUCACAAAAAUCACUACAUUCAAAAGAUGAGGAGCGCGCGAUUAAAAUUCUGUCAACCGAAACACGACUGGUAGGGAAUCGCUACGAGACCGGCCUAUUGUGGCGCUAUGAUCAAGUACAGCUACCCGACAACAAGGGAAUGGCUGCAAAGCGCCUAGCUUGUCUACAGAAGCGAAUGAGACGGGAACCCGAAUUAGCUGCGGCGAUGCGAUCGAAAAUGCUUGAGUACGAGGAGAAGGGUUACAUUCGGCGAGUGUCGGCAAUGGAGAAGGCGGAGAAACAUUCUAACGACUGGUAUCUACCAAUCUUCCCAGUAACCAACCCGAACAAACCAGGGAAGCUACGAAUCGUAUUCGACGCGGCCGCCAAGGUCAACGGCGUCUCACUGAACUCGUUCCUCCUAACGGGACCCGAUCAAUUGGUGUCACUGCUUACAGUUCUGUAUAAGUUUCGCGAGUUUCGCGUCGCCGUAGUGGGAGACAUUCGGGAAAUGUUCUUCCAAGUACAGAUGAAGAAGCUAGACCAACGAAGCCAGAUGAUUUUGUGGAGCAACGGUAAUCCGGAGGAUGAACCCGAAGUGUAUGCGGUAGCAGUUAUGACGUUCGGUGCGGCAUGCUCUCCAAGCUGUGCGCACUAUGUCAAGAACCGAAACGCUGAAAGAUUCGAAGAGCAGUAUCCACGAGCGGUAGAGUGCAUAAAGUAUGAGCAUUAUGUCGACGACAUGUUGAUGAGUGUUGAGACUGAGGAGGAAGCUGUAAAACUAGCCAGCGAGGUACGAUCUAUCCACUCUCAGGGAGGAUUCGAGAUACGCAAUUGGUUAUCAAAUUCCCGUUCGGUCAUCGAUAAUCUGCACGAGGUCAGUACCACGGAAAAGAACAUGAGCUUUUGCGCGGAGAUGACGACGGAAAAGGUGCUCGGUAUGUGGUGGGACACCACAACAGACACGUUCACGUUCAAAUUAUCACCGAAGCACGACGAGCAGCUACUUUCCGGAAUCAGGAUGCCAACAAAACGAGAAGUUCUGAGAACAUUGAUGGCUAUAUACGAUCCGUUGGGAUUCAUUGGUAAUUUCCUCAUCUACUUGAAGAUCCUGAUGCAGGAAAUCUGGCGUUCCGGAUGUGGUUGGGAUGAUGAAAUCAACGGAAAGCUGGCCGAAAAGUGGCAGACGUGGAUCGAAGCGUUGCCGAACGUCCAUCAAGUUAAGAUUCCUCGCUGCUACCGAAUUAUAACAUCUGCCAAACCAGCCAACAAUGUGGAAUUGCAUAUUUUCUGCGAUGCCAGCGAGAGUGGGAUGGCUGCUGUGGCCUACUUCAGGUUCGAGGAAGAAGGAAAGGUGGAAUGUGCGAUGAUUGGAUCUAAAACACGCGUAGCCCCUCUGAAGUUUCUCUCUAUCCCUCGACUUGAGCUGCAAGCUGCCGUUAUUGGAGCUCGUCUAGCCGACUGUAUCGUCAAAUCACAUCGUAUUAAGAUCAUGCGCCGUGUUUUCUGGAUAGACUCCCGUGAUGUGAUAUGCUGGUUACGAUCUGACCAUCGGCGCUAUAGCCAGUUCGUUGCCUUCAGGGUCAGUGAGCUGCUGGAUACAACUCAAGCGGAUGAGUGGAGAUGGUUACCAACUAAGAUGAACGUAGCGGACGAAGGUACGAAGUGGCAAAGGCUGCCAGACUUACGCCCUAGUAGCCGCUGGUUUCGCGCACAGGAUUUUCUUUGGGAAUCGGAAGCCGAAUGGCCUGGUCACAAUCGAGAUCAAGGAUCAACUGUAGAAGAAAUUCGACCCAGUGUCCUACAUCAUACAGUUACCGAGCCGCUAGUGAGUUUCGAGCGCUUCUCCAAAUGGAAACGUCUGCUGAGAUCGAUGGCAUAUGCCCAUCGUUUCAUCACGAAUCUUCAUAAGCGCAUCGAAGGGGCCACCGCCGAGCUGGGACCACUAACGCAGGAAGAGCUGAAACUGGCGGAAAGCACAAUUUACCGGAUUGUUCAACAGCAGGCGUACCCUGACGAAAUGCGCUUGAUCCGUAGCAAUAGCUCAGAUGCCAGUCCGUGGAAACGUACCUUGCCAAAAAGCAGCUCGUUGUACAAGCUGAGUCCAGCUAUCGAUGAACUCGGUGUUCUACGGAUGCGAGGGCGUAUAAACGCAUGCGAAUGGGUUGACGAGGCGACCAAAAACCCCAUCCUGCUUCCAAGACGGAAUCCCGUGACUGAUCUGGUGCUCGCUGAGUACCACGCUUCUUGCCAUCAUCAGAAUCAUCACACAGCGCUGAACCAGGUACGAUUGAAAUUCAGCAUCCCUCGUCUUCGUUCAGAGUUCGAUCGUGUACGCAGAAACUGUCAGCGUUGUAAAGUCCGACAAUCAAAGCCACAACCUCCAGCGAUGGGAAACCUCCCGCUUGCCCGUAUGGCAGCAUUUCAAAGACCGUUCUCGUACACCGGGAUUGACUAUUUCGGGCCAAUGUCGGUAACAGUUGGCAGAAGGGUCGAGAAAAGAUGGGGAGUACUACUUACCUGCAUGACAACCCGAGGUGUGCACAUUGAAGUAGCACAUUCGUUAACGACGGAUUCUUGUAUUCUGGCACUGCGCAAUUUCAUUGCGAGGAGGGGUUCCCCGCUGGAGAUUAUAAGCGAUCGAGGAACUAACUUCAUAGGAGCGUCGCGAGAGCUGCGCGAGGCCAUGCAGAAAAUCGACAUGACGAAACUUAUGGUUGAAUUCGUCAGUCCUAACACAAAGUGGACGUUCAAUCCACCGGCCGCUCCACAUUUUGGUGGCUGCUGGGAGCGUUUGAUCCAGUCGAUUAAAAAGAUCAUGAACGAUUUCGACGUCCCACGCCUGCCAUCCGACGAGAUUCUGCGAUCCAUGCUAUUGGAGAUCGAGAUGAUCCUGAACUCAAGACCGCUCACUGACAUACCGCUAGAAAACGACGCGGAACUUCCGUUAACGCCGAACCACUUCCUAUUAGGAUCGGCAGACGGGACUAAGCCCCCGAUUAUCUUCGAUAAUGAACCGGCAGCCCUCAAGCGGUCAUGGACGAUGGCCCAGCUGUAUGCCGACAGGUUUUGGAAAAGAUGGGUGGCCGAGUACCUGCCCACGUUGACACGCAAGACAAAAUGGUUUCAACCGGUGAGGCCCAUCCAGAAGGGUGAUCUGGUGCUAAUCGUGGACUGCAAUCUUCCACGGAAUUGUUGGCCACGAGGACGUGUGGUCGAAGUGGUUCAAGCCAAAGACGGACAGGUUCGUCGAGUCACCGUGCAGACUGCGACUGGGCUUCUGGAGAGGCCAGCGACCAAGAUUGCGGUGCUGGAUGUCGGUGCUAACGGCGGUAAGCCACAUGGACAGUGGCGUACCGGGGGGGAGUGUCACAUCACUAUGGAUUGUGACGCACCUCUUAUUACACCUCAUUGA